AUUGUAAGAAAUGUUAAAGUGGGUCGUAAAGAAACUAAUCAAUAAAAAGUAUACACCUGCUGCAGGUAUAUACAAUACUAUAGUAGAACCUGUUAGUAUAACAGGUAUACCAAAACAUAUAUUACAUGUAUAAAUAAAAUAUUAUUGAAAUAAUUUCAUUUUGUUUGUUUUGUUUUGCUUUUUUUUAUUUGUCAAAUUUCUAUUCAAUACCAUGGAUUUAUUUAUCGCUUUGAGUUUGUUCAGUCGACAAAAAUAUGAAACUUGUGCAACUAUGUGUACAGAAUUAUUAAAAAAAAAUCCAUUAGAUCAGGCAGUAUGGGUUUUAAAAAUGCGUGCUUUAACAUUACAAGUAUACGUCGACGAUAUAGAAAGUGAAGAAGAAGGUAUUGCAGAAGGUUUGUUAGAUAAUUAUACAGUAACUUCAAUGCCAAGACCAGGAACGUCUUUAAAAAAUCCUGGAACUUCUCAAAACGAACAUGGAAUCCGUCCUAAAACUCAAUCAGGUAGACCAGUUACUGGAGUUGUUAGACCUGCAACACAAUCAGCAGUAUCGCAAACAAUGGAACAAGCAUUGAGAAUACCAAGAACAGCUGCUACAGCAAGACCUAUUACUUCUAUUUCAGGAAGAAGUGUUAGACUUGGUACUGCAUCUAUGUUAACUGAACCUGAUGGGCCUUUUAUACAAUUGUCGCGUUUAAAUAUAACAAAGUAUGCAAAUCAAUCUUGCGUUGCUAAACCUUUAUUCGAAUACAUUUAUUAUCACGAACAUGAUGCCAGAUAUGCUCUUGAUUUAGCAGUACAAGCAACGCAAGCUUGUCAAUACAAAGAUUGGUGGUGGAAGGUACAAUUAGGAAAGUGUUAUUAUACAUUAGGUUUAGUGAGAGAUGCAGAACAACAAUUUAGAUCAGCAUUACGUGAUUGUAAAAGUAUUGAAACGUUUGUAAGAUUGAUUAGAGUAUAUAUUAGAUUAGAUCAACCAUUGGCUGCUUUGGAUACAUGUAAAGGUGGUCUUGAAUAUUUUCCAAAUGAUGUUACUAUACUCGUUGAGAUGGGACGGAUUUUUGAAGGCUUAAAUAAUAUGUCGAUGUCUAUGAAAUAUUAUAAAAUGAUUGCUCAAGAAGAUGCUUCUCAUACGGAAGCUAUUGCAAGUAUUGGAAUGCAUCAUUUUUAUAAUGAUCAACCAGAAUUGGCUUUACGUUUUUACAGACGAUUAUUACAAAUGGGUGUUUAUAAUGCUGAAUUAUUUAAUAAUCUUGGAUUGUGUUGUUUUUAUGCACAACAAUACGAUCAUACAAUUUCGUGUUUUGAAAGAGCAUUGAAUCUUGCCAAUGAUGAAAACAAAGCUGACGUUUGGUACAAUAUUUCUCAUAUCGCAAUCAGUUUAGGUGAUUUAGAAAUGGCAGAAGAAUGUUUGAAACUUGCCAUUGCUGUUGAUAAUAGACAUGCAUUGGCAUAUAAUAAUCUCGGAGUAAUACAAAUGAAAAAUGGUAAUGUUACAACAGCAAGGACUUAUUUUCAUGCGGCAGCCACUAUUGCAAAUUACAUACAUGAACCACAUUUUAAUAGUGCACAUUUGGCAUACAAGUUAGGUGAUUUUCAAACGAGCUACAUUGCAAUACAAAAAUCAUUAAAUGUAUAUCCAGAACAUUGUGAUAGUAAAGAUCUUCUUAAAAAAUUGGAACAAUAUUUUUGUCAUAUGUAAGAUAUAAUACUAUGGAGAAUUAUUUUAUAUUACAAAAAAAAUGCAUUGUAUGUAGUAUUAAUGUUAAA